CUAUGCUUCUUACUUCUACUACGCCGGCACUCGUUUCUCUUUUGUUCUCACAUACCUAAAUAACGUCUUCUUUUACAGUGUUUUUGCGUCGUGACAAUUUUUUUUUCUGUGUAGCAGUGUUUUCAACUACUGAAUUUUAUAUCUCGGUGAUCUGCAUUUCAAAAUACAAUGUACAAGAAAAUGAUGCGAUAUUCGUCUGUUUUACUGAUAAUAUUGAUUGCGUAUUCGGCAUAUUGUUUUGGAGUGAUGAUCCCUUAUAAAAAUGAUACUAUACUCACUUAUUCCGCGAAAGAAAACCUCACUAUUACUUGUACCGGUACAGAUGAAGUCACAUGGAUGCAUUCCUAUAACGUGGAAGGUGGUUACACAAUAAUAGCGGAGACCCCAUACAGAAAAAUUCUUCAAAUAAAAAACGCUUCAGCUAUUAAUGCUGGGAUUUACUUCUGUGUUUCAAAAAACAACAGCGACGACUUCAUGAGAAUUUUCCUUUUUGCUGAUGCUUCCUGUUACGAUGGUCCGAUUGGGAUCAGAAUUUCUGCAUAUUAAUUCAUCCUGACUACCCAAUUGAUGAAUGAAGAAUAUGAUCUUGAAUUAUUAAAAUCUUUAACUAGAUAAUCUAAAACUAUGACAUAAUUACGCUCAAUUAACCUAGGUACCUAUCUAAUAAUAAGUAUUCAAGUGUAAUUGUACAAAAUAAAAAUAGAAAUGUUGGUACCAACGUACCUACCUAUCGGUUUGAAAAUUUUACGCCCAUUCAACUAUACUUGCUUAGUUAGAUUAUUAAAACAAAGCAUCAGUGUAUUUCAUAAAUGAUAAAAUAGAAGUUAAUGAAAUGAGUUUUUUAA